GAUCCCUUCUCCUUGGCAUUGAUUUGGUCCUCCUUUUCUUCUACAAUUCUAUUCAUUAAGAACCCAAUCUUCUUCUUCUUCGGCUUCUUCAUCUUCAUCGUCUUCCCGACUCCACUUGGCGCAUCCAGGAAGGUUUAUUAGUUACCAAUCCAAGUGUUCUCUUUGUCUGAAUCAACAAGCUCUGUGAUAUUUUUCUGAGAGAAAAUGUUUGGUUUAAGGAAAUCACCGGCUAAUCUUCCCAAGCAUAACUCUGUCGAUCUCAAGUCUUCCAAGCCAAAUCCUUUCGAUUCAGAUGACGAAUUGGACAACAAACAUACCCUUAACCCCUCUAAGAGGACUACCUCUGAACCCUCUUUGGCUGAUAUGACAAACCCUUUUGAUGGUGAGAGAGUUGAGAAAGGAUAUAGUAGUUCAUCGAAACAGUCGUUGAUUUCGAAUUCGAAAUACCAGUACAAGAACAAUUUCCGUGAUUCUGGAGGUAUCGAAAACCAGUCGGUUCAGGAGCUUGAAGGUUAUGCUGUCUACAAGGCUGAAGAGACUACGAAAUCUGUACACGGUUGUUUGAAGGUAGCAGAAGAUAUUAGGUCAGAUGCUACCAGAACUUUGGUCAUGUUACACGAGCAGGGCGAGCAAAUCACAAGGACACACCAUAAAGCUGUUGAAAUCGAUCAUGAUCUCAGUCGAGGUGAGAAGCUUCUUGGAAGUCUUGGAGGCAUGUUUUCAAAGACUUGGAAACCAAAGAAGACUCGUCCUAUAAAUGGUCCUGUCACAACCAGAGAUCACUCACCAACGAGAAGAAUUAACCACUUAGAGAAAAGGGAAAAACUGGGACUGAACUCAGCACCCAAAGGACAAUCAAGAACCCGAGAACCGCUCCCCGAAUCAGCUGAUGCCUAUCAAAGAGUGGAGAUGGAAAAGGCUAAGCAAGACGACGGGCUUUCAGACUUGAGUGAUAUACUCGGCGAGCUAAAGAACAUGGCUGUUGACAUGGGAAGCGAAAUCGAGAAGCAGAACAAAGGACUUGACCAUCUUCAUGAUGAUGUUGACGAACUCAACUUCAGAGUGCAACAAUCAAACCAACGUGGCCGCCGUUUGCUUGGAAAGUAGAUGAACAGAGAGUUAUAUGUUCAUUACACUCAUUCCUCUCGUUUGAUUCUCUAUGAAGUUCUUCUUUAAAACUGGAAAGAUUCUUAUCAUGUUAAAUACAUUUCUGUCUGUGUU